UAAUAUCCCAUUCCCUAACCCUAAUCUCACUCAUCUGCCGCCUCAGCUUCUUUCACUAGGGAACGAUGGGUAGAGUCAUUCGCGCUCAACGUAAGGGUGCUGGUUCCGUCUUCAAAUCCCACACCCACCACCGCAAGGGGCCGGCCCAAUUCCGCAGCCUUGAUUUCGGUGAACGCAAUGGGUAUCUCAAGGGCGUUAUCACUGAAAUCAUCCACGAUCCUGGGCGCGGUGCCCCACUUGCCCGAGUUACUUUCCGCCACCCAUUUCGAUACAUGAAACAGAAGGAGCUGUUCGUUGCCGCUGAGGGUAUGUACACUGGGCAGUUUGUGUACUGUGGCAAGAAGGCCACUCUCGUGGUCGGUAACGUGUUGCCUGUUAGAUCUAUCCCUGAAGGUGCUGUUGUUUGUAACGUUGAGCACCAUGUCGGUGACCGUGGCGUUUUUGCUAGGGCUUCUGGGGAUUACGCCGUCGUCAUCAGUCAUAACCCCGAUAACGACACCAGCAGGAUUAAGCUUCCAUCUGGCGCAAAGAAGAUUGUUCCAAGUGGGUGCAGAGCCAUGAUUGGGCAGGUUGCUGGUGGUGGAAGGACUGAGAAGCCCCUUCUGAAAGCAGGAAAUGCAUACCACAAAUUUAGAGUGAAGAGAAACUGCUGGCCUAAGGUACGUGGUGUGGCAAUGAAUCCAGUGGAGCAUCCCCAUGGAGGAGGUAACCACCAGCACAUUGGACAUGCCAGUACUGUUAGGCGUGAUGCACCUCCUGGCCAGAAGGUUGGUCUCAUUGCUGCAAGGAGGACUGGUCGUCUCAGAGGACAAGCUGCUGCAACUGCUGCUAAGGCUGAUAAGGCUUAGUUUUCUGAGUUUUAUUUUCUGCUCUCUAUCGACAAUCUGUUAUCAACCUAUUAUGGAGUUUUAUCAGAGGCUAUUUAGCACAUUUUACAGUAGAAAGUUUUGUUCAGAUUUGAAUCUUAAGACGGUUGUUUUCUUUAAUUAUGUGGGUUUGAAAUUUAGAUUUAUGGUAAUUUUCUAAUCUUCUUAUGUGUUUUGUAAGAAUGAUUUUGAUAUCUUUGAAUUGGGAUGUCAUUAUCUGAUUUAA